UGGUGACUAUGGUAUACCGCCAUUAUUGAACAAACCGAAUUGUAUGACCUUGAGGUGCGACAAUACCUUUUUCCGUGUACGUUUGGUUGGGCCGAAUUUUAGGAUAUAAAUCAUAUUGCCUGUUGUCCUGUACUGGCCUGUAUUUGGAUCUUGUUUGCACUAGUUGUCAACAUUUAAUCUCAUCAAAUGUUAUGAAUGAUACAUUUCAUGCCAGUCAAAACCAAUAUGCCAAAGAGUAUCAGUUCCUGCAUACCGAGUUCUGCUGGUCACCCUUGGCUUUCAGAUGGUGUGGCACGUUUUACCGAAGUUGUUCAGAGGUGCGUCAUUUUAGAUGAGAAAGUAUCAUGUUCUGGAACGUCUACCGAACACAGAAAUAAUGGAGACUGUAUUAAGCGCUCGGAGGCUAUUUACAAGACACUGAAUAAUGCUUUUAGUGACCUUAUUUCUGUCCCGACCUGUCAACCAAAUUGGGAAUACGAUGUUUCUAAUGCAGAGUAUAUAGAUUUUCAGGAGUAUCAAAUAGACUUGAUGAAGAGAUUUUGUCAUGUGGAUGAAUCUGUUUUGAUUAGCAUAGCUGAAAAUCUGCAAAAAUGUUUAAACUCAACUCACUGUUCUCCUAACGGGAGUACAUGGUUACUCCACUUAUUCGUGAUUGCAUUUUUCGUUUCUUAUGUUCAGCAUUUUCAAAAACUGCCCUCACGGAGCUUGAUGCUGUCCAUUUUUGAACUGUCUCCGGACCCGGUUAUUUUUCAUCAGUUGUAUGCUUCGCUACUCCCCGAAGUUUUAUCUAUUCCAGAUCACCGUCAAGGUGAAUAUAUAUUGAACUUCUUAAAGAACUCUACUCCUUCCCACUGUUAUACACUUCUUUGUAAACUCUGUACCUUGGAUUCUAAUUGGCCAGUCGAUUCAUAUUCUGUCUUGGAAUUUCUUUUUGAUCCAUGUUUAGCCUAUGUAUCUUCAACUCCAGAAUUGUCUCCUAGUCAAUUGUUUGUAGCUGUUGUGAAUAAAUUUUACCAUGAUGCUCAAAAAGAUUCAAAUCUUCGGAAAUCAAUAAAAUUCACAAAUAUGAUUGUUAAAUUCUUACGAAAUUAUGCAAGUUAUUAUCCAUCAUUACAAUAUCCAGAGGAAUCUCAAAUUAUUUUGAAACAAUUGGCAAAUGAGAAUUCCACUUUUCUCCGAAAUACAUUAAACAAUUUUGUUUGUUAG